AGAUUUCCACCCGAUGUUUUUAGUACAGUAAAUUUUCAGCAGUUUCAAGUAAACAAAAAAAAAAUAAUGGAGAUUGAACAUAAUAUAACUUUAAACAUAAAACGUUUUGAUUUAAAUGAUAAACCAGAAACAGAAGUAGCAAACUUACAAAUAAACUCGGAUGUUUCUGCGGAAGAUAUUUUGUUGGAAAUUAAUAAUCUAUUAAAUUUACAAGAAAAUAAUUCGAACGUAGUUAAAUUACGAUUACAAGACAAUACAUUAGUGCCAAUUUCUGCAUUAUUAGAUCCAAAUAUAAAUUCAAAUUUUAAUGUUGAAGUAACCCGUAUUCAUCAAAAUUUACCAGCUCGAAAUAGAUCACAUUUACAUUCAAUAUACGUGGAAGCAGUCAAAUCAAAAAUCUAUUCUAUGAAUAAACGUUUAUCAAAAAUGGAAUCAUUGAUACCACAAGUUCGUUUACGCAGAGAAAUUCAAAAUGAACGUGCAAUUACUGCAUUAUCGUCAAAAGUUGCUUUUCUUGAACGACGAUUAGAUGAAUUAACACCCGAAGAAUGGAAAUCUUAAAUAUUUUGUCAUUCCAAAAAUUAUAUAUAUUUGUCAAAAGUUAUUGUGGUCCAACCUUAUCGGAGUCGUAAUCUUAAUGUUAAUUUAUAGAAUUUACCAAAGAAUAUUGUAAAUCCUUGAAAUCUGACCAAUAUGGUUUGACGCCAUAUUGUUUUG